GACAUUUCCGAAAAUUUUGCGGCUCACAACUCAACGGCGGCUAUUGGGCUGUCGUGUUUUCUUUGUAUUUCGCAAUAAGGGAAAAUUCAAGUUUCUGGGCAUCAGCAGGAUGUCGUCGCCGUGGAAGACUCUGGCCGCAGUGGAGCCAGUGAACUUCGCUGAAAUCAUGUCAGAAGAGUUGGCCAGGGAGCUGCAGAACCGCGAGAAUGAGAAGUUUGGUCGACAGCUGUACGAGGAGUUGUCUACGAAGGACUCAGACGUUAAUGCAGCAGCGGCUGCACUGCCGGACGAGGUCCUGAAGGCACUGGCGUCUGGAGUUGGUGAGCAUUGCGACUCAGAUGCGAUCAUUGCUCAGGUGCUUCAGGCGCAGUUCGACCAGGAGUACGAUCAGGAGCUGAAGAAGGUGGAAAAGCAUCAGAAUGCCAAGGUGAAGGUGUCCUACAAGAACUUCCGCAUCAUCCCGGAUGAGCUCGCGUGCGGCAGUGACGAUGAGAAGGCGAAAGAGGAGCAGGAGAGCGAGAAGGCGGACUGGGACAGAUUCGAGACGAUGGAGAAGGAGUACGGCAGCUUCCCCAAGUGUGGCUACAAGCACGACGAGGAGGGGCGCACGGUGACGAAGCACAAUGCGAGGAUGACGGGCAUAAGGAACGCCUGUCGAGUGAUGUCCUUCCCGCCCGAUUUCCCCACCGGAGACGGAGCGGGCUUCGACAUGCAGCUGUCGAAUGAGGUGUACAACCACCUGAAGAGCUACAGCCGCAAGGGGAAGCGCCACAAGAUGCACGACCGGAAGGAGGAGGUGGCGACGGCCGAGAUGGGCCUGGACGAGCCCACGAGAUACAUUCUGUACAAGUUUGUGUCCAAUCAGGUGCUGGAGCGCAUCAACGGGAUCGUGUCCACGGGCAAGGAGGCGCUGAUCCUGCACGCCGAGGGCGACGCUGCGUACGAAGGAGAGCUCUGUGUGCCCGCGGAGUGCGCCAUAAAGAUCUUCAAGACGACCCUGAACGAGUUUAAGCAGCGCGAUCGCUACAUCAAGGACGACUUCAGGUUCCGGGAUCGCUUCUCGAAGCAGAACGCCAGAACGGUGAUCCACCAGUGGGCGGAGAAGGAGAUGCACAAUCUCAUGCGGAUGCAGCGCGCCGAGAUCGCGUGUCCGCAAGUGGUGCUGCUCCGGAAGCACGUGCUCGUGAUGUCGUUCAUUGGGGCUCAGGGAAGGGCUGCGCCCAAGCUGAAGGACGCCACGCUCAGCGAGGCGGACUGGAUUGUGGCGUACGAGGAGAUUGUUGAGGCGAUGAAGCGCCUGUACAGCAGAGCGAAGCUCGUGCACGCCGAUCUGUCCGAGUACAACAUUCUCUAUCACGAGGGCAAGUGCUGGAUCAUCGACGUGGCGCAGUCCGUGGAGCCCGGUCAUCCCAGUGCGCUGGAGUUCCUCAUGCGCGACUGCGGCAACAUCAGCGACUUCUUCGACAGGCGCGGCGUCCCGGGCGUGGCCACGAAGGAGGCGCUCUUCGCCUCCAUCACGGGACUCGACCCGAGCAGCCACAACGCGGCGAUGCUGGAGAGGCUGCACAACAAGGGCGUGCCCGAGCACGUGGCCACGAACCAGGGCGUGCACGGCGAGGACGCGGAGUUCAGAGCCAACGCUCGCUGGGAGCACAAGUCACUGCCGUAUCCCUUCGAGUACGCCUGGGAGAAGUCCUUGGAGGCGAAGCGCCAGGCGCCGAAGGAGGACGAAGUCACCGUCCAGGCCUGAAUCAACUG